AUGGGGACCCUUGCGGGGCUACAGGACCAUGUCAAGCUUGCGAGGGAGUACGCGCUCGAAGGCCUCUACGAUACCUCCAUCAUCUUCUUCGACGGCGCCAUUGCCCAGAUCAACAAGUGAGUGCCUCCCUGACAGACUCCGAUAUCGGGAGACUCUCGAUCUGCUCAUAUUGCCGCUGCAUCAUCCUACCGAGGGCAAGAAAUGUAGCUAUUGACUCCGUAUUAGUUUGGUUCCGUAAUUGGCCGAUGAGUCGUUCAUCUUAGACGAGAGCUGUGUUCUUACGAAAUUGUCCAAGGGAGCUUCAAGAUACGCACCCAUUGCUUGGCAGUGUGCUGAUGCCCUAAUCGCUUGGUCGAGUUUAUCUGGGAGCAUAAUAAAUACAGUAGAAACUUCACGACUUGGUGGAUUGGGAAAUUUAUACCUCGCCACCACUCCCCCCUCCUUCACACACACACACUCCCGGAAAUCAACUUGAUAUGGUCUACUUUUUUAUUUUUUUAUUUAUCAGAAAUCCCUUUUUCUCUUUACGGAAGAAAGAUUUCAUCCCCCAUCAUGUUGAUGAAAAAAAUAUAUCUGAUCUCCUCGAUUUUGAUAAUUCUGAUGAUCUAUGUCUCGGUAUUUUAGACCUUCAUAGACACUAUUAUCUUACAGUUGUAGCCGUUGUCAGCUUAUCAUUUUCUGCUACUAGCUAAACCAAGAGUUUCUGGUAUACCGUACCGAGUAAUGAUCUGCUAAUACUUUUCUGAAGUGUGUGCUCUUCGGGUAGUUUUCUCCCGAGUAUUACUUGAUAGCAUAGACUUCUUUAUAUAGACCUUGAUAUUCUGCCGUAUCAUCAGGCAUCUCAGCUCUCUUGAUGACCCAAUACUUCGUUCAAAAUGGGUGAACUGCAAGAAAGCUCUCUCUGAGGAAGUGGAUGUAGUCAAACAAUUGGAUGCUGAACUCAGGUCGUUCAAGGAUAUCCCAGGGAGCAGACGACCCUCUUCUCCACCUAUUCACAGCAAGUCCUUUGUGUUCCAACCGCUGGAUGAGUACCCAACUUCUUCAGGCGGCACCAUGGACGAUCCUGAUGUCUGGAGGCCCCCAAGCCGAGACCAAUACGGGAGCAGGAGGCCCACUAGAGCUGGUCAAGCGGGAACAAAGAAAUCUUCCCAAGAUGGCGUAUGGGCGCGUGGCUCUGUCAGUAGAGCUGGAGCAGCCGGUCGAGGAGCAAAACCCAAUUCUUCUACUAAAAGUGGCUCAGCUGUUCGAUCAACAACUGCACCGGGAGUAUCAGGGAAAAAGGGAAAAUCAAACUCUGGCAAAACCGAUUCAGUGGUACAAUUUCUCAGGCAUCUAGUGUCAUUAUUCUCAGUGAAAAACAAAGCCAUUUUUCUCUUAGGUUUUGAUGUCCUCCUUUUGUUUGACCUAAUGAAUCUAGCUUCCUUAAUCUCUAGAGUCAACUGUGAAAUAUGAAAUCAUAUAGGCACAUCUUUCUAUAUCGGAAACCAUCUUAUGACCAAUAACAGUCAUUACUACCAUAAAUAUGUGAAAAAUGACUUUCCUCCGGUUACUUUCCCAUUUCUUGUUUCCAUAAUACAGAAGUCCUUUUUUUUAAGGAUGUCUUUAAUGUGCUAUACAUUGCAGGAUCAUGUAACAUUAAAGUAACGUCAAAUUUUCAUUGUUUUUUUAAGAUGUCAUUGGCGUGGCCUUCCUCAGAGAAGGGAUGAGAUUAUUCAUUAGUGGAAACAAGAUGUACUUUUAGAAAGUAUUUCAACAAUUUGAGGAGUGAUUGUGAACUGCUGCAAACAUUCUUUAGUGGCGUCAGAGGUUUGGAUGCCCAAGAAACUGGACCUAGUGAUUAGAAUGGCAUUUUAAUAGAUGGAAACGAGUAGUCAGCUUUCCAUAUGAUGAGCUGAAUGCUUGUUGGUAUGAUUCUGUAGUGUGAACAAUUAUGGUUUUUAUUUACCAGAGACCUUUAUGGCCCUCACCGGAAAAAUGGAUCUUUGUGAGCCUCUUCGAUAGGUGUGAUUGCAUUUACUGUUUUGACACGAAGAGAUCAAAAUUGAUUAAGCAAGUAGCUGAUACUACUGGUGUGCACUCAAUCUAGUGGUUUAUAGCCCCUCAUUCUCUCAGAGAGUAAAAAUAGAACAAGGUUGCAUACUGAUUAGUUUACGUCUUUUAUAUUGGAAAUGUAUAAACUAUGAUUUGUUUGCGACCUUGAUAGAGCGGUGAUGGAGAAGAAGGAAAAUCGAAGAAGGGACAAUAUGAAGGGCCUGAUGGAGACUUGGCUGCGAUGCUAGAAAGGGACGUCUUAGAUUCCACUCCUGGGGUAAGAUGGGAUGAUGUUGCUGGACUUAAUGAAGCCAAAAGACUUCUGGAGGAAGCUGUUGUUCUCCCACUUUGGAUGCCCGAGUAUUUCCAGGUAACUUUAACUUUUACUUUGGUGAUAAUGGUUGGUCCUCGUUUUCUUCUUGCCUAAUGAUCCAUUAUAAUUUUCAAAUUGCUUUUCAUUGGACUACUACUUUUCGAUUGUAAAUGUCACCACCUACUCGUUCACCGACGGGUGGCAGUCUCUUUGCAGAUAAUCAUCCAGUCGCCCGUUAUGAUGCAUUUUAUUUUGAGAAUUAUUUUUAUCCAGAUUACUAUCAGUCAACAACAACAUCUACACCAUUGCGGUGUUGAUCAGCGUAGAUCCUUGCUAAAUUCUUAUGAGAGUCAUGGAGAUCAUGUGAUAUUAUUUUUUUUUUGUGAGUUUGAUGACGUGCUGGUUAGACAUGUCACUGGAAAUAAGCAAAGCCUGAUUUUCUAAGCUUCAGAGGUGCUAAUUACUAAUGGGCCAUGGUCGUCUUCUUCCCAGGGCAUACGUCGGCCAUGGAAAGGGGUUCUCAUGUUUGGCCCACCAGGAACCGGGAAGACACUAUUGGCUAAAGCAGUGGCCACAGAAUGUGGGACGACUUUCUUCAAUGUAUCCUCUGCGACUUUAGCUUCAAAAUGGCGUGGUGAGAGUGAGCGCAUGGUUCGGUGCUUGUUUGAUCUCGCCAGAGCUUAUGCCCCAAGUACCAUCUUUAUAGACGAAAUUGAUUCCCUCUGCAAUGCUCGGGGGUAUGGAGACCUGAGAACAUCUGGCUAUUCUCUCUCUUCCGUGACUCUCUGUUUAUUUUAUUUUAUUUUAUUAUUAUUCUUUAAUCCGAUUGUACAAAUCCUUCAGCUCUGCAACUUUUCUCCAAGGCUGCAUCAUGACAGAGAUUUCAUUCUCUCUCUCUCUCAUCUGUAACUUUUGGCAUAACUUGUCUUGUACUGAUUCUGUCCGUAUUGAUUGAUAUCCAGCGCCUCAGGUGAACAUGAAUCAUCACGACGGGUGAAGUCUGAGCUUCUGGUCCAGGUGGAUGGUGUCAACAACAGCUCCACCGGUGAAGAUGGCGGACGGAAGAUAGUGAUGGUCUUGGCAGCCACUAAUUUCCCAUGGGAUAUAGAUGAGGCACUCAGGUCUGAAAACCCUUCUUCUAAGAUCACCCCAUUGUCUCCGUCAAGCGUUGCUGUGAUUGUGGCCACUCACUCUGUUCUUACCUUCUCUCCAAAUCAAAUCAACGUUGCAGGAGAAGAUUGGAGAAACGAAUCUACAUACCUCUGCCGAAUUUUGAGAGCCGCAAGGAACUUAUCAAAAUCAACCUACGGACUGUUGAGGUAAGUCAACUGUCUUCGAGUCAGCGGGGUUGACCGUGUGUGCGCCUUCCUGGAUGGCUCUCUUUUUGGAUGACCUUUUUUCUGACGAAAUGAAGGAAUAAAAUUGGAAUUUAUAUGUUCAGACGAUUGUAAAAGUCAAACAUGUUUUCACCGUGGCGGUUGUCUUCCCUCGGCGGGCUGUCCUUGCCAUUCCUCUGGCUUAUCCGUUUCGCUCCCCCGUUGACUAUGAACCCAGGUGGCACCUGACGUGGACAUUGAAGGAGUCGCCCGCAAAACGGAGGGGUACAGCGGCGACGACCUGACCAACGUUUGCAGAGACGCGUCCAUGAAUGGAAUGAGGCGGAAGAUCGCGGGGAAGACGCGAGACGAGAUCAAGAACAUGUCCAAGGACGACAUCUCCAAGGACCCCGUGGCCAUGUGCGACUUUGAAGAAGCUCUGAGCAAGGUACAACCCAGUGUCUCUGCCGCGGACAUCGAGCGCCACGAGAAGUGGUUCGCAGAGUUUGGGUCGGCGUAG